CCUGGUGUGUUCAAAGCGGGACCCGUCACUCUGUUUGGGAACGUGCUGUACAGUGGGCUCUUCAACGAGCACUUUUGGCAUUUGGGCGUUCCCCUGGUCACCAGACUGGGUAAUCAAGAGGCCCCAGCUCCCCCUGAAGCAAUGGCUCAGCCCUUUCCACCGGCCCAGUACCCGCCGCCGCCUCCACCGCAGAACGGGAUGCCCGCUGAGUUUGCCACAGCCCACACUCACCCGCCGACUGACUUCACGGGACCAAAUACGGUCGGCGAACACGCCCUGACGCUGUACACGCCGACACACACGCAGAGCGACCAAGCCGCGAAUGACAGCAACGUUCCGGCACUCACAGCUAACGCAGUCACGCAGGUAGAUGAGGUGGCACAGACGGACGCUUCGCAGCAUCUUCACCUGCAGCCAAGUGACUCUUCAGAGAAACAGCAGCCCAAAAGAUUACACGUCUCCAACAUACCUUUCCGUUUCCGGGACCCUGACCUCCGACAAAUGUUUGGGCAAUUUGGCAAGAUUCUGGAUGUGGAAAUUAUCUUUAACGAACGAGGCUCCAAGGGCUUUGGGUUUGUAACAUUUGAAACGACCGCGGAUGCUGAUCGCGCACGGGAGAAACUAAAUGGUACAAUCGUAGAGGGCCGCAAAAUCGAGGUCAAUAAUGCCACGGCAAGAGUAAUGACCAACAAGAAAGUGGCAAACCCUUACACAAACGGCUGGAAGCUGAAUCCAGUGGUUGGAGCUGUCUAUGGUCCUGAAUUUUACGCAGUCGCAGGAUUUCCAUACCCGACCACAGGAGCAGCAGUGGCCUAUCGAGGGGCCCAUUUGAGAGGGAGGGGCCGAGCUGUCUAUAACACGUUCCGCGCCGCACCACCCCCUCCGCCCAUACCAGCCUACGGAGCUGUGGUCUACCAAGAUGGAUUUUACGGUGCAGAAAUUUACGGUGGCUAUGCAGCUUACAGAUAUGCCCAGCCAGCUGCUACUGCUGCAGCCGCAUAUAGUGACAGUUACGGGCGAGUCUAUGCAACAGCGGACCCAUACCACCAUACGAUGGGUCCCGCGGCCACAUAUACGGUUGGCACUAUGGCUAGCCUUUACAGAGGAGGGUGCAGUCGCUUCACUCCCUACUAGAAAGGAGGGAGUCACGCCCCCUUUCCCUCCCCAGCAAAAAACAAAUCUAUAAAUAACCUAUAUGAAGAAACGUACCAUGCGUCCAGGUGGCAAAUAGAAUACAUUAUAGUUGUUGGUGUAUGGAUUGUAUGGAUUUCAUCUGGGAAUUGAUUUGUCAUUUGUCGGGGUGCGGGAGGGGGAUCCUGAUAUCCAAUCUCUCUCUGUGUUCCAAGUUAGUCUGUAACGUGGCUCCUUUGGGAUGCCUUAAUGCAUUGGUUUGAAUUCCACCCACCAACUCUCUUCCCCUGUGAUGUACAUUAAGCGCGGCAAAUUCCAGUUUGAGCAACAAACUUAGAUGGAAUCGAUGACAUAGAUGGCCACGCGGCUGCUUCCAUUCUAUGAGAGCCAAUGACAAAUACGAAGGCCGAAUCACGUGAAGCCGGGACAAAACACUCGGCGUUAAGUGGGAAGCCGGGCUAAAAGUGACGACACGGACUGAUCUAUUAGCGAAUGUGAAUGCGGCCAGCGGGACGUGAUGUAUAGCGCUGGCGUGGAGCAGCCAUUGCAAAAUGCCAAUUGAUUGUUGGCUAGAUGCCAGAGGCAUCUUGGGAAUUGCUUUACAGGGGAGGGAAGCACGUUAUUCUUUUGCGCCGUUUCAUGCACAUCCUAAGCAACGAUGCUCAAUAUUUCUCUCACGUAAUGAACAAAUGGAAGACUUUCCUUUAUGUUAAACGCGCAGCCAUCCAUUGCUUGAUCAGUCUGCACAAAUCACGUAUUGAAAUGCUUUUUAAGUGUGGCCAGCAAAUUGUUGAAUUAGCAUUCGGUGAGUUAGCGGCCCGCUGAUGAAUGUCUACUCGUCCCUGACCUAUUAUUUAUGAUUAUUGGUUCCACAGGGAGGCGGGGCCGAUUUUAGGGACUGCUGCUCUGUAGACAUCGUCAAUAGAUUUCAAUUAAUCCCAACAUUGCUGAAUCAGGAACAACAAUUCAGUGUUAGUUAGUUAGUUAGUGUUUUUUUUCUUUUUAACGUCAAUGGUUUUUUUUUUUUAGAUCUAUUAAAGAGAAAAUCUAAAGGUUUACCACUGACAUGCAAUCCACACACAAGGAUGGGUAAAUAUAAUUGAACUGAGCAAAUGAGUCUGAUUUGGGCACUUUAUUGGACUUGGCAUAAAGCGUGUGCCAGCAGUUGUCCCUGAUGCAUCCACCGAUUCCGCUCCCCAGCACACACGUAUAGGGGCCGCCUCCCUCCCUCCCAACCUCCCAACCUCCCUCCCUCACCAGUAAAGCAUCUGUGCCGGCUGUGUCUGAUGGGAUCGUAAAGACGGGAGUCAGUAGCGCAGGAAGGGAAGGGAGUGUGAAGAGCAGCAGUAACCCAGGGAGGCAAUAUACGCCACAGAUUAGAGAUAAGAGAGUUCAGUCAAUAGGCACUGAUCUCAUUUGAAGAUACGCCAGACGCGCGUACUAGACUCACACAAACACGCACAAAUUCGCACUUGCUCCUCUCGCUGUCGCUCGUCUUUUCUCCUGCUCUCCCGCUCUUUCCUAAAAUCUCAACAGAAAGCUCCCUUUGCAAUUUGACAGCGUGCAAUCAUAUGAUGUGGCUUUUAUUCUCAAUGUCCAUGUGUGUCCAACCAUAUAUUGCCAACUUCAUUGUGGCCAACUCAAAUUGUCAACCCGUAGCACAAAAGUUUUUAUUUGCGCGUCCCAGUUAGAUUGCUCACUGGUGCUUCUUUUUUUUUUAUAUGUGUAAUAUGUCUACAUUGACAUGUGAUCAUAUAUCAGAAAUUCCGGAUCUAUACGUAAACUUGUCUCUUCGAUGGCGGUCAUUGCCAAGCUUCUUUAUGAGUGUAAAUUAGUAACAAGGGGAAAAAAAAGAAUAGUUGUGCAAUGGCUUUGUUUUAUAGCCAUUAACAAUGAGUGAGCGCAAAAAGUUGCCGCACUCAAGCAUCUGGCAACACAAGCAUAAAUGUGCCUGGGUAUAAAACAAGACUAAUGCCAACAAAACAACUCGGAAGUGUCAAACGAUUCUUCUGGGAACAGACCAGAAAUGAUGCACGUGACAUCAAUUGUCUGAAGCUUUGGCACAAAGUGCAUUGUUAGAGCUAAUGAUCCAAAAGAUGAAGUCAAAUGAAUAGACCUGACUGACUGACUGUCAGAAAUGAUUAUUACCAUUGCUCUUAUUGUGUUGUAGGGUUAGAUUAGUCAUUAUGGAUAAAAUGGGCUGUCCCAAUUUGAUCAUAAUAUUUGAUGUACAGUAUAUGCAAACAAAGUAACACAUCUGUGUCAAAUAUUAUGAAGUGCUUCUUGGGCUGACAAAUCUGAAAUGGUGUGGAGUCGAAUAAUGAUCAAAUCAGCAAUCGGGAUCGGUUGUUUAGGGCAGCACAAAAACUUUCAAACCCAUCAAUAAGAAAGUGAUCCUUAAAAUAAACCCCGUUCAUCAAAAUACAAACAGAUAUUUCAAGAAAGUCCAACAAAAAUCUCUACUGUUUUUUCCUGUAUGUAUUAACCAGAUAGUGUACCCAUAAAUAUAAAUAAAAAAGGGGGAGCAUUUUGAAAAGAUGCUAUCUCAUUAAUUCGAUGCUAUCAUGAAACAUAGUUUUACUGUACAUAGUGUAUAUGAAUGUGUGUAUAGAUAUAUAGAUCUAUAUAUCUAUAUUUCAACUUGUGUAUUUGACAUUGUUUGUCAUGUAAUUUAAUGCCAUAGCCAUUCAUGAAUCUUAAAAAGUGAUUGCUUCUUUUUUGUAUAUCACUCGUUAGACAAGUGUUUGAUAUGACAAGAAAAUGUUUGCUUCAAUUCAUUUGAGUGUCUUUCUCUGUACAGUAUAAGCAGUCAUCAUGCGUGUCAUUCAAGGAUCAAACAUUGGCCUACGACUGUGUGGAAUGUGAUGCUUAUGUUUGCUCGCACUUGAAGUUCAAACAAUCCUUUCUGAAUUUCCUAAGGCCAAAUUUCCAACCAAUUUCUACCAGCCUCCGAAUUUGGGAAGUCCAAUGACACAACUGCUCUAUGUCAUUCAACCAGCAUACCUCCAAAGUCAUCUUUUUGGCGAGGAGGCGGUGGUGAUGUCAUCCGAACAAACCGACUUAUUGCAAUGUAGCCUCAGUGCCCAGUGCAAUAUGGCUCACAUGACGAUAAUUGGCAUGAAUAAUAAAAGAAGCAAAAGCAAUAAAAUCUCUCUCUACACAUUCAUCACAGAGUGACAUUGCCCCCCCCUCACCAUUAACAUUAAUUUCUCCAUGACUGCAUACCUGCAUUCUCGGCGAAUAAAGAAAAGGAUUCUCAACUAACUAAUAAAUAUCUGCAUUCAAAAAUCAUUGCAUUUAUUCCAAUUAUCUCCGCUUGGAUAAAUCCAAAGUACGCUUGG